AUGGGUGCUGUUCUCUCCCCAGCUUUCCUCCUGGCCGUCAGGAUCAACAGCAAAGGCCGGGAGGUGCUGUACCUGGCCAAGGGCGACUCGGUGAAGCUGGGCUGUCCCUAUGUGCUCGAACCCGAAGACAACGGUCCCCAGGGCGUGGGCAUCGAGUGGAUCCAGAUCACGCCCGAGCGCACCGGCCCCGAGAACGUGUUCCUGUCCUACCAAGACCAUCACGUCAACUACGGCAGCGGCUCGGGGCUGCAGGACCGCGUCGCCUUCGUGCAGACCGACCCCAGCCAGUACGACGCCUCCAUCCGCCUGGCGGACCUGCAGGUGUCCGACACCGGCACCUACCAGUGCCGCGUGAAGAAAAACACCGUGGCCGUGCACGAGGUCAUCGUCACUGUGCAGGAGAAACCCGUCACCCCACAGUGCUGGACCGAGGGGGAGCUGAUCGAGGGCGGCAGCAUCCUGCUGCGGUGCUACAGCCGCGGGGGCACGUCCCCGCUCGCCUACCAGUGGGCAAAGCUGGCGGACGGCUACGGCGGGGGCCGCCUGCCCUCCGGCACCAUCCAAGGACGAGCUCCCGGUGACCUGUUCAUCCGCAGCCUGACCGAGGCACACGCCGGCGUCUACCAGUGCCGCGUCACCAACCGCGUGGGCUACUCCGUGUGUCAGCUCAACCUCAGCCCUUCGGCAAGAGGACGGCAGGCGGGCAUCAUCGUGGGCUCCAUCCUGGGCUCCCUCCUGCUCCUGAGCCUCCCCGCGCUGCUCAUCUGGGCGCUGAUCUGCCGCUACCGCAGGAAGGAAUGCCAGCGGGCCUGCAGCGACUGCCGGAGCAGCACCGGCGGCACCAUGACCCGGCCCUGCAACGUCUGCGCCCACCACAGCUACUCGCCCCACGGCAUCAGCUACAUGCAGUGCCAACACGGCGACGGCGACGAGCGGGCGGCCGCCCUCAUCUGCAACGAGGGCAUCCGGCACCAGGUCACCUGCCCGGCGCUGUAA